CAUUCCUAGAAAGCCAAACUUUUUACGAUGUUUUUAUUGAAGACUAUUUCAAGAAAACUACCUUUAAACCUGUGGAAAUUCCCUUACUUACCUUUCUACUACCCUCAAAAUCGAAACUAUGCCGACCAUAAAAUCCCAGACCGCCUCAAAAACAUGGAAGAUGAAAGAGACCCUCAGUUUUUUGACAUGGUCGAAUAUUUUUUCCACAAGGCUUGCAUUUUGAUUGAGGAUCGAUUAAUCGAAGAGUUGGGGGAGAUAAAAGGGACCAAGAUGUCUAUCGAGAGUCGUAAGGCUCGAGUAAAGGGUAUUCUAUCUUUGAUGGAACAAUGCGACUAUAUUCUGGAUUUUUGUUUUCCUAUUAAGAGAGAUAAUGGAACAUAUGAGACAAUCCAAGCUUAUCGGGCCCAACACAGCUCCCAUAGAAUGCCCAUGAAGGGUGGUAUUCGCUAUUCACUCGACGUUAACAUGGAUGAAGUCCAGGCUUUGUCUGCUUUGAUGACCUUUAAGUGUGCUUGCGUUGAUGUACCUUUCGGUGGAGCUAAAGCUGGGAUUAAAAUCAACGCGAAGAAAUAUUCCGAGAAUGAAUUGGAGAAAAUCACUCGUAGGUUUGCGUUAGAAUUGGCCAAGAAAGGGUUUUUGGGGCCAAGUGUUGACGUCCCAGCCCCAGAUAUGGCAACAGGGGAGAGGGAAAUGGCCUGGAUUGCGGAUACCUACUCCAAGGCUAUGGGUUACAGGGAUAUCAACAGCAAGGGAUGCGUCACCGGAAAACCCAUCAAUCAGGGAGGAAUUCAUGGUCGGGUUUCUGCAACCGGGAGAGGACUUUUCAACGGCCUUGACCUCUUCAUCAAUGACCCGCAUUACAUGAGUUUGUGUGGUCUUACUCCAGGGUGGCAAGGCAAGACUUUUAUUGUGCAAGGAUUUGGCAACGUUGGCUUGCAUGCUACUAGAUAUCUACACAGGGCGGGGGCUAAAUGUAUUGGUGUCAUUGAAUUUGACGGUGCCCUCCAUAACCUCGAAGGAAUUAACCCCAAAGACUUGGAGGAAUAUAAAUUAACCCAUGGAACGAUAGUUGGGUAUCCCGGUGCUAAAGCUUUCAAUAAGGACGCUCUCAUGUACGAACCUUGCGAUAUUUUGGUACCCGCAGCUGCGGAAAAAGCAAUUCGCAAAGACAACGCGGAUAAAAUCAAAGCUAAGGUUAUCGCUGAGGGGGCGAACGGGCCAACAACCCCUGCCGCUGAUAAAAUUCUCGUUAAGAAGAAUAUUUUAGUUCUUCCAGAUUUGUACGUGAAUGCUGGGGGUGUAACAGUGUCUUAUUUCGAGUGGUUGAAAAAUAUUAAUCAUGUUUCGUUCGGGAAACUGACCUUCAAAUAUGAAGAGGAUUCGAAUAAGCUAUUGCUCAAGUCGGUUGAGGAGUCGUUGAAGAAAUCACUAGGGAGUGCUUCUAGUAGAGUCGAGAUUGCACCGACUGAGGCAUUUAGGCUGAGAAUGGCAGGGGCUUCCGAGAAGGAUAUAGUCCAGUCUGGACUGCAUUAUUCAAUGGAAAAAGCAGGCAAGUCCAUUAAACAAACCGCAGAGGAACAUAAAUUGGGGUUGGACUUACGAGCGGCCGCUUAUAUGAACUGCGUGUCUAAGAUUUUCUCAACUAUUAAUGUAGCUGGACUUACUUUCUAAAUUUUGUUGUAUGAAUGAAAUUUUAUUUAA